UCAAUGGACCCCGUAUACUGUAAAGGUCGACGGGAAGAGCAUCCAGCCAUAGAAUACUCAAUAAAUCUCGCCCAACCCAUGCCAGCAUAGAGUGCAGUUACGGUUAUCUGGUCGAGAAGUUCAAUCGUUCUGUAUUGGUCCUACUGUGUCACAUCUUCUAUGGCUACCGGUCGACUAAAGCCUUGUGAGUGGACUUUUUGAACUGAAACUGAAAGAAGUCCGCCGUGUGUGUUUUUGUUUCUUUGUCUUGACAUCAUGUUAACGGUUGUAAACAAGUGUCACUGUCGUAAGUGAUUAGAUCAUCUGUGAAAACCUGCUGUUAUGAAGGUUGGUAACAUGAGUAUCCAACUGUAGAAAAUCUUCCUCGCGAAUUCCGUCUGAUCCAUGCAAACAAGGAAAAGUAGACGAUAAAGACACUCCAUAUAUUUCUUCAAAGACAAUAGAAUGUGAUCAAAUUUGGUUAUUUCUAGCUAGACAAGUGACUGUAUAGUCUCUCCUGUUGGCUUGUUGGCCUGUCCCUGUGUAGCUAUAAUGGGUGAUACAGAUGUUAUUGUGACUAAAUACACCAAUAACAAUGGAAUGGAACUGGAUGCCAAACAACCAGCUGUCUGCAUAACAGAGCGAAGUUCAAAACCAGAAUCCAAUGGUGUUUCUGUUGAAAAUGGUGGCGUGCCAAUUUCCAACUCAGAUGAAUUUAAUUAUGAAGUAACUAAUCAGCUGGCACCUGCAAUUUCUUACACUGCUGUUAAUUCAUGUGACACUGUUAACCUUCGAAUCAGUGACAAAGAAUUUUGCAAUCUCCCACCAAUUUCUGUUCCUUACCUUCUCCACUCUACAGUACAGAAAAUACCAAAUACAACAGCAUUAGCUGUGAAACGUGACAAUGUCUGGAUAAAGUGGUCCUACAAAGAAUAUGAAGAGGAAGUUUUGUGUAUUGCUAAAGCUUUUAUAAAGUUGGGUUUAGAGCCUCAUCAUGGUGUUGGUAUCCUGGGUUUCAACUCUCCAGAAUGGUUGAUUUCCAAUUUAGCUGCAAUAUAUGCUGCUGGUAUAUCAGUUGGAAUAUACACAACAAAUACAGCAGAAGCUUGUGCAUUUGUUGCCAAAGAUAGCAACACAAAUAUUAUGAUUGUGGAAAAUCAUCAACAAUUACAGAAGAUUUUGGAAGUACGUGACAGCUUACCUGACUUGAAGGCAAUAGUUGUUUAUUCUGGAGAGGUUGCUGUUAAGGAGCCCAAUAUCUAUUCGUGGCAAGAGUUGAAGAAAAUGGGUGCUGAAUUACCAAUGUCACUUGUUCAUCAAAGACUUCAGACCAUCAGUCCAAACAAAUGUUGUUUACUUAUUUACACUAGUGGAACAACUGGUAACCCAAAAGGUGUAAUGAUCAGCCAUGACAAUUUGACAUGGACAGCACAUGUGGUUCAACAAAACACGCCCAUUGAAUUUGGCAAUGAGUUCAUCCUGAGUUAUCUACCAUUAAGUCAUGUUGCAGCACAGUUACUAGAUAUAUAUAUGACGAUUUCAGCAGGCGCUUCACUUUACUUUGCACAACCAGAUGCUUUAAAGAGUUCUCUAGCGGUUACAUUAAGAGAAGUACGUCCAACCUUUUUCCUGGGUGUGCCCAGAGUCUGGGAGAAAAUUGUGGAAAGGAUAAAAACUGUUGGUCAUGAAUCAAGUAAUCUGACAAAGAAGAUUGCAACUUGGGCUAAAUCUGUUGGAUUGAAAGGAAACUAUAGCCGUAUGAAUGGAGAAACCAAAUCAUUGAGUUGUGGUUGUUCUUCCAGACGGACUUCAAAACCUCUUCUCUGGCCUGUGGCAAAUGUUUUAGUAUUUAAGAAAGUGAGGUCCACUCUUGGACUUGACCGGUGUAAGAUGUGCCUCACUGCUGCCGCACCAAUUAUGAAGGAAACUCUUGAUUUUAUGAUGAGUCUUAACAUUCCAGUUCUAGAAAUUUAUGGCAUGAGUGAAAGUACCGGUCCACACACAAUAUCUGUUCCUAAGAAAUUUAAAGUUGGAAGUGUAGGAUGUGACUUGUGUGGUGUGCAGACAUUGUUACAUUCUGUGGACGGUGAUGGUAAUGGUGAGGUUUGUAUGAAUGGCAGACACGUGUUCAUGGGUUACUUGAAAACUCCAGAGAAAACUAACGAAGCCAUUGAUGAGGAUGGUUGGUUACACUCUGGCGAUAUUGGCAAGAAAGAUAAAGAUUUUCUCUAUAUAACUGGGAGAAUUAAAGAAAUAAUAAUCACUGCUGGGGGUGAAAAUAUUGCCCCAUGUCCAAUUGAGGAGGCUGUCAAGGAAGAGUUGCCGAUUGUUAGCCAAUGUAUGGUGGUUGGUGACAAGCGCAAGUUCCUGUCGAUGCUCAUCACCUUGAAGGUGGAUAUUAAUCCUGACACGCUGGAACCAACCGACAAACUAACUACUUUAGCUGCGAGUUGGUGUCGGAGUAUUGGCUCAAAUACCACUACAGUCUCGGAAAUAGUUAACAACAAAGAUGAAAAUGUAAUGAAAGCUAUUCAGAAUGCUAUUGAUAAAGCCAAUCUAAAAGCAGUGUCCAGAGCUGCUAAAGUGCAGAAAUGGUCCAUAUUACUCAAAGAUUUCUCAAUACCUGGAGGAGAGUUGGGUCCAACAAUGAAGGUGAGACGUCCUAUUGUUCAUAAGAUGUAUUCAACUCUCAUCGAUUCAUUUUACUGAAAUAAACUAACUAGGUGAAGUUUCCUAUUACAGUGAUCUAGUUUGCGUUAGCUGAGAGGUUGUCAAGUCUAUUCACUACAACUUAAUGUUGAAGUACUGUAUAAUCUAAGUAGCUUCUUAGCUGGCUAUAUUCCCUAAUAUCUUGCAAAUUAGUUCAGCAUUCCCCCAAUGGGAAUAUAUCAGUACCCUAACUGGAAGAAUACAACUUCUACUUUAUCCUUCAACUUUGACAGCAAUUAAUAUUCUAGCAAAUUAAAAAUCUGAAUUUUUACUAAAA